UUUCGCUGAACAUCUCUAGUUUCUCGUCGUGGCAAAAAGACAUCAAUCAACUAAGCUCGGUCACUCACACGAGUUAAACAAACUUGCCAAAAAUGGUAAUAGGGCUCUUCGGCAUCUGCGUCGCCGAGCCGGCCUGGCCCGGCUCUUGGCUCGGGGGGAGAAAAAGGUAUCCACUCUUUAACUUACAAGUUACAACGGUACAACCCCAGGCGAUGGGAUUAUUUAGAGUGCAUGUACCUACCUACUCCAAAUUACAUGGAUGUGGAGAUUGAGUCUGUCCGUUUAAGCACGAGGGCGCCGAGAAAACCAGGACCUGGGGAAGAUGGAGUCUGUUUGGGGAAGCUUGUUUGCUCUGACGGGUUCUGCAGCCCAAGACGACGAGACACUUUUACAUAGUUGCCUAUAACACCUACCUACGUCUUCUGCUAUAGCUAUGGAAUAGGGCAAAACGCCACCAUCUACCCGUCUCUUUAGUUCAAGCCGCUCUCCACGGUGAAGGCGUUUAUAUCUUCCCUCGCCAGUGCCAGUGACGACACUCGUUGAGGGGAAAGCCAACCAGCAGCCACACCAGAUCUUUGCUGAGCCAAUGAACCGCAUGACCUCCUCACCCCCAGCUUAGUUCUCUUUUUAAACUACACCAUCGUAAGGUGGUGAUGGUGCGGCUGCUCCGCACUCCACUAGCUCGGGCAAGCCGUGGGAUAGCUAGCUCCCCAGCUUAGCUUUUUAGCUUCCUGGGGGGGGAGAGGUCAUGUUACGCAAGAGGGGGGUUUUUUGGUCCAAGUAUACUACACAGAAGUUUACUGAUGAUGCCUUGUUUGGGGUUUAAAAGAGACAAUCUCCCGCCUUGGUUUUUGCUCUUCUGUUCUAUCAUCACUCAUACUUCAUACUUGUUUAUACACUAUUAGUUCUCUAUUAUACACUCUUGCUUUGAGUGUCGAUCUUCAUCAUGAACGCUAUUCGAAGGGCAUCCCUCAGCAAGCCCGAGGAGGCUGGCAAGGCAUGGCCUGCUAUCGCCAUCGGCUUGUUUGUCGCCUUUGGUGGUGUUCUCUACGGUUAUGACACAGGUACCAUCUCUGGUAUUUUGGCCAUGCCCUACUGGCAGCGCCUCUUCAGCACCGGCUACACAGACGCCAAGGGCAACCCCAACAUCACGACCGGCCAAGAGUCCAGCAUCGUCUCCAUCCUCUCAGCCGGCACGUUCUUCGGCGCCCUCUCCUCUCCCUUCAUGACUGACUACAUCGGUCGUCGUCCCGGUCUCAUGAUCGCCACUUGGGUCUUCAACCUCGGCGUCGCUCUCCAAACUGCUGCUACUGCCAUCCCCAUGUUCCUCGCUGGUCGAUUCUUCGCCGGUUUCGGUGUCGGUCAAAUUUCCGCUAUUAUCCCCCUGUACCAGUCUGAGACAGCACCAAAGUGGAUUCGAGGUGCCAUCGUCGGUUCAUACCAAUGGGCCAUCACAAUCGGUCUUCUCCUCGCCGCUAUCGUAAACAACGCGACAGGCAAGCGAAACGACACAGGCUCAUACCGUAUCCCCAUCGCCGUUCAGUUCGCCUACUCCCUCGUCCUCUUCGGUGGCAUGCUCAUCCUCCCCGAAACACCUCGAUUCCUCAUCAAGAAAGACCGCCACGAUGAUGCAUCUAAAGCUCUCUCCAAAAUCCGCCGUCUUAGUCCUGAUCACCCUGCUGUUCAGGCUGAGCUCAGCGAGAUCAAGGCUAACCACGACCAUGAGAUGAGCCUCGGAACAUCUUCUUACAUUGACUGCUUCAAGCCUCCUAUUCUUAAGCGACAGUUCACCGGUUGUGCUCUCCAGGCUCUGCAGCAGCUCACUGGUAUCAACUUCAUCUUCUACUAUGGUACCAAGUACUUUGAGAACUCGGGUAUCUCCAGCGGUUUCACCAUUUCCAUGAUCACAUCAGCCAUCAAUGUCGCUUCCACUCUCCCUGGAAUGUACGCCAUUGACAAGUGGGGUCGUCGUCCUCUUCUCCUCUGGGGUGCUGUCGGCAUGUGUGUCUCCCAGUUCAUCGUCGCCAUGUCCGGUACCUUCUCCACAGGCCAAGACAGCGCUGGAGUCAUCUUCGUGAAGAGCUUGGCUGGCCAGAAAGCUGCCGUCUCUUUCGUCUGUAUCUACAUCUUCUUCUUCGCCUCAACAUGGGGUCCCCUGGCCUGGGUCGUCACUGGUGAGAUCUUCCCUCUCCAGACCCGUGCCAAGUCCCUUUCUAUGACCACCGCAACCAACUGGCUCUUCAACUGGGCCAUCGCCUACUCCACCCCUUACCUCGUCGACUACGGUACCGGCAAGGCCAACCUCCAGUCCAAGAUCUUCUUCAUCUGGUUCGGCUGCUGUUUCCUGUGCAUCGCCUUCGUCUACUUCUUCAUCUACGAGACCAAGGGUCUAACCCUCGAGGAGGUUGACCAGCUCUAUGAUGAGGUUAGCGUUGCCCGAAAGUCCAUUGGCUGGAGGCCUCAAGAGACUUGGCAGCACCGCAACAGUGUUGCUGGAGCUGGUGGCAAGAUGUUCAAUGAGGGUCACGAGCAGGGAGAGGUUUCUCACACUGAGAAGAAUGAUGUUUAAAGAAUAGACUCUUGUAAUGAUAUCGAUUGAUGAGGAAGAUGUUGUUUGGGUUGCUGAGUUUGGAAGUUCUGCUGUCGGUAGACUACGAUUAUGAGAUGAGAUAAAUAACUAGCUGAUAUCCAUGAAUUUAUUGCUCCGUAAUUUUGUUCAUA